AUGUUGGAUCAAAAUGAUGAUAAGAUGGUGAGUUUAAAUCCACAAGGACCAGAUAAAACCUCAACGAACGUGAAUGGUGAUGGAUCAGAUUCUGCUAUUACGCUCGUUCUGGCAAUUUUUAGUACAAUAAUCCCAUUCUUAGGUUUUAUUUUAACCUGCGUAUACUGGUCAUCAAAUAGAUUUAGAAGCUGGCUUUGUUUUGGUUUGGGCUGGAUUCCUACUAUCGCUGGAUUGGUUUUACUUGGUUAUUUCCUUUACAUAAUUUACGAUUUAACUCAUCAUGACUAUUGA